CUGAAUUUGAGGUAUCAUGGCACCAGAGAAUAUCACCACUGUGAUGGUGGAUCCACAAACUUAUAUCAGAAAUCUGGCACUGACUGGUAGCAGUGUAUUUAUUGAUCGUCGUAUUCCAGUACGACGGUAUUUUCGAUCUGGUGCGGAAAUGUUGCGGAUGGCAAAAAUGUACUUAGACGAAGGUCAAUUAGAAAAUGCCUUUAUAUUAUAUACUAAGUAUACCACGUUAUUCAUAGAGCAAGUACCAAAGCACCCUGAAUAUCAAUUAUUGCCAGAUUCUGAAAAAAUUGAAACUAGAAAGAAAUUGGAAUCCAUAUUUGGUAUUGCUGAGAAAGUCAAAUCUUCAAUUUUAGCUUCUUAUACUCAGAAGUACCAGAAGUGGAAAGAGGAAAAAGAAAAGCAAGAGGCUGAAGAAAAAUUAAGGCAAAUGCAAUUAUUUGAAGAAGAGGAAAGGCUGAGAAAAGAAAAUAAAAUGAGAGAAGAGUUUGAAAAAGAAAAAAAAUUGAGAUUAGCUGAAGGUAGAGCUAUUCUGAAAAGUGCUGAAAUUAUUUUGCCUGAAUCACCACGUUUAAUAAACGCACAGAGUAUUGGAGGAGAAACAGAUCGAAGCUUAUCUGUCAGUUCUCGUGCAUCUACAGUAUCUCCGGCAUCUUCAUUGUAUUCUGAAUUGUCUAUUCCUUAUACUGAAAACCGAGCCAUCAGUACUCCUUCCAUAGAUCGUAGUACUAAGCCUCGUUCUCUUUUGAGCCCGGGUCCAGAUUCUGCUUAUGUUCAUGGCCUCCGAAUUGUUAUUGUGCCUUCAGGUGGGAUAGACUCAUUCCUAAGCCUUGCUAUGCCCAACACUGAUCGGAAUGUUGAAACGUGUGGUAUAUUAGCUGGCAAAAUGUCUCAUAAUCAACUUAUGGUUACACAUUUGCUUGUUCCAAAGCAGUCUGGCACAUCAGAUUCUUGUACUACUGAUAAUGAAGAAGAUAUAUUUAUGUAUCUAGAUAAACAUGAUCUUAUUACUCUAGGAUGGAUUCAUACUCAUCCUAGCCAAACAGCUUUUCUGUCCAGCGUUGAUUUACAUACUCAUUGUUCUUAUCAGUUAAUGAUGCCUGAGGCUAUAGCUAUUGUAUGUGCACCAAAAUAUAAUAAAACAUCUAUAUUUUCCUUAACACCUGAUUAUGGUUUAGACUAUAUAUCUCAAUGUCAACAGAAAGGGUUUCACCCACACCCAAAUGAUCCUGCUUUGUAUGAAGAAAGUAUUCAUGUGAAGUUGGAUAACUACGCAUCCAUAACUGUGGUUGAUCUCAGGAAGUGAAGGACGAAAUAAAUUUAAACUUCAUAGUUGCUAAUCUGAUUUUAGAUUCUAUUUUGAGCACUUAAUUUAAAAAAUAUAAAUAAAUAAAUAUUACUUAUCAGUGUCUUUUGAAGUAUUUUAACACUGAAGUUUUCAUAAGGUUAUUAAUUUUUUAAGCACAUUUAUUGUGUUUAUACUCUGUAAAAUUAAAACCUCAUUCUGCUGUUUUUAUUAUUGAAUAUGUUUGGCUGUAUAUUUUAGUUUUCUUUGGGAAAAAAAAAAAAAAAAAAAAAAAAAAAAAGAAAAUUGUUCUAUUUUCCAGAUGAUAAAAAAUGUCUUUUUCUUUUGUUUCAUGUACUUUGAACAAUAAUGAUAGGAUAUAUAUAUUUAGUGGUCAAUAUACUGGUUUUCAAUUUUAUUUAUUAAAACAUGCCUAGAUUGUAAAUUUAACUAUAAUUCUGGCCAACACACAAGUUUUCUGUUUUAUUUAUUAAAAUAUUCCUAAACUGCAAAUUUAACUGAACUUCAUUUUUUUAAAAGCUAUGUUCUAUUAGAAUAAUAUUUGGUGACCAUAUAACAUGCUGUACAGUAAAAAAAUAUUAUUUGUAGAAAUUAUUUUAAGAUGUAAAAUAAAAUACAAACAAUGUUUUGUUAAUGAAAAUCAGAAGAUCCAUUGAGGUAAGUGCAUUUAUAAAAGCAUUUUGCUAUCAAAAUUGUUCAGAAUUGCUUUGUGUGGAAUUUUUUCACGAAAUUGUUUUAUGUGGAAUUUUUGUUCAAAAUUAAUUUAAUUUAAUAAUUAAUUUAUUUUGUUUAAUAAUACAAAGAUAGUAUAUUAUUUGUAUGAAUUUUAUAAUUUGUAUGCUGAAUUUUUAUGUAAAUAAUAAUUUAAUAAACAAGAUUGAUAUUUUUGCUUCUUUUGAAGAGAGGCCUUUCUUGAGGAUCAUAACUCGUAGCGAUAUGUGAGUACUGAUCAGCCAAGAGACUGUAAUUGCUUCACAUUUCUUCUGAAAAGCUAAAAAGAAACAAAAGCCAUAUCUUGCAUUAUUAUUUUUUUAUGUUCACUUUUACUUAGUAGUUGGAAUUAGAAUUUUGACUGUUUAUAUUUGAAACAAUGCAAUUGAUAAAAUAAUCAACUGAAUAUUUUUGUUCUGUGAAAAAACAAUGCUUAUGCCAGAUUUUCUCAAAGUGUAUAAUUUGUUUUUUCACAUUAGUCAGCAUGAACCAUAAGGCUAAAUUUUGUUUGGAUUUAAAUAUAUUUUUUGAAUGUCAGCCUAACAUUAUGCUUUAGAGCAUUACCUUAAAUACUUACAUAUAGAUAUAAGAAUACAUUCCUUUCAUGAAGAUAAAACGCAUGGUCUAUUGGGGGGGGGUUCAAAAAGUUUUAAGCCUUAGAUGUUACUGUUAAGUUGAAAUGUGUUUUUAAACUUUCUACCAAGAAAGCGCAUUAUUUGGUUGACUAAUACAUAUUUCACAAAAUCUCUGAAACAUUCAAUAAAAUAACUUAUCAUGCUUUCUCAAAAUGUAUUUGGAAAUCCAUCUCCUGUGACAAUAAUAUGAAGCUGAAUACACAAGAUAUUUAAAUCCAUUUGAAGUUUAGUAGUCGUAUUAUAAAAAUGAAUGGUUUUAAGAAUUUUUUUUAAUUUCGCAGUUCAGUAUAUUUCAGGAAGAGAUAUAAUUUAAUGCAAGAUUCAGUGACUUUUCAAGAGUAAUAUAAAAAAACCUGCAAACAAAAUUUAAUAUAUUUAAUGCAAUUAAUUGUUGUAAUUUCUGAAUAUUGUAAUGUUAUAGUACAAAUGGAACUGAAGAUGAAUGUAGCACAUCUUUAAUUGUUCUAAAACAUGUUCUUAAUUAAAAGUUAAAAUGGAAGUUGGCCUUAGGAAACAGAUGAAUUCUUAUCACAAUAUAAUGUAGAAUAAAUACAGUAAUGAUUGACUGUACUUGCUAUUCCUACAGUCCAGUUAAGUUUUCUUUAUAUAAGAUUAGAAUUCAACACAUGCAUUGCAAGUUAAGAUGAAGAACUUUAUGUGAACAACAUAAAUAUUAUAUGUGAAAAAUUAUAAUAUCUAGUAAUAAUAAUUUUUAUUAUUGUAUUAUAGUCUUGUAUUUUAAAAAUUGCCAAAUAAAUUCUGUAUUGUUAAUUUGUGAAAAUUCUUAUCAAUUAGAUAUUUCCUUAAGGCAGGGAUUUUCAACCAGUGCAAAAUUCCCCCACUUCCUGGAGGAUUUCAAAGUUUCAGCCGUAAAGGAAUGUAGAUAAUUUUUUUAUUUAACUGAUACGUAUUUAGUUUUAAUUCAUAAAUAUAAAAAACUACUUUCAGUCUAGUUUUAGUAUUUAUCAACAUUUUCUAAACUUUUUCCUGUUUAAUUUGUAAAAAUUGUUAAAAAAUAAUCCAAAUCUAAAUAAAUGUACAGUGGAACCUCAAGAUACGAGUUUAAUUUGUUCCACCAUUCAGCUUUUAUAGCGAAUUUCUUGUAUCUAGAAACAAACUUCCCCAUUGAAAAUAAUGGAAAUUCAGUUAAUGCUUUCAACACCCCCAAAAAAAUCUCAUUGCCAUCUCAUCUUCAGUUGACGUACCUGGUGUUUUUCGGAAAAGGUCUAAGUAUGAUUCUUAGCGUUAGCUUCCGACACCAAAGUUCCUUUUAACUGCUUCUCCUUAAUCCACACCAAAAUCAGCUUCUCAACAUCUAGGAGUUUUGGAUGGUGCUUGGAUGUGACAGUAACUCCUUUGGCCAGAACAAGUUUCUUAAUUUCUUUCUUCUUCAGAACAGAUCAGCAAUGUCAAACGGUAAGUCUUUGCCAAUUCCGCUAUUCUUACACCAUGCUUAUGUUUAUCUCUAAUUUCUUUCUUAAUUUCAACAGUCAUUGCUUCCUUCGUUUUCUUUGCAGCACUAUUGAAGGCAACAAUAUUCUUGGGAGGCAUUGUGAAAUAAUUAUUUUCACAUUAAAAGUAAAAAACAAUUAACUCACAAGCAUACAGAUCAAAGAACACUGAGUGAUCUGACGAGGGGAUUCUCUUGAGUCAAGCCGGAUUGGGAAACGCACCAAGCAUACCAACAGCCUGGCUUGUUGCUUGAAUCAGUGCUUGUAUUUAGAGACGAAUUGUUCGCUCAUAUCUCGAAUUUCUCGUAUAUAGAGGUGCUCAUAUCUUGAGGUUCCACUGUAUAUUAUUUUUCAAAUUUUGGAAAGGUUGGGCAAGGAAAUAUCUAGCAAUGGUUAAAGGAUUGCAUGGGACAAAAUAAGUUGAGAAUGACUGCCUUAAGAUAAUUUAAAAAUCAGUGCUUUUGUAAUCCCUCCCCCAAAAUUAGAAUACACAUAAGAUAUAAAAUAUAUAUGUUCAAUUUAAGCAAAAGCAUUUCUUGUUCUGUGAUGGAUGCAGUUUAUGUUUUUAUAUGAGUAAAAAUGUUCCAACAAUAAUUUACUCUUAAUUGUUUAUAUGCAAAAUAUGAAUACUUCAAAUCACAGUUUUUAUGGAGGCAGUUAUAAGUUGAAAGGCAUUCCUUUGAUUAAUUUUUUGCACCCUGGUAAGACUGAAAAUAGCUGGAAAGGCUAAUUUGAAACUGCUAAAAAAGUGCCUGUUCGCACUUAAGAUGUAGAAAUGUUAAGAAUAUUAAAAUAUUGUGCAAUUAUAUGUAUAAUCAAAUAUUUUGCUACCAACUAAUAGAGCAGUUUCUCUGGUUUGUGCAAUAUUCCGUCCACAAUGCAUUUUAAUAGACUAAGUGCAGUCAAUUUCAUUUAUUUAGGACAAGUCGGAGUUUUAAAAUUAAAAAGGGAACAAUCAAAAUUACUCUAAAAUUUUAUUAAAAAAGAUUGCAUAACAAAGAAGAGUAAAGAGUAUUCGGUCAUAAUUUUUUUUCCCGUUUCAUAGAGUUUUUCUUUUCUAUGUUUUGAAAAAUGUAAAUAUCUCUUCCAAAUGUAUGCUUGAUAUUCAUUAAAUAUUUCAGUCCACUUCUAUUAGAAAAAAAUAUUAGGUAUUUCAGCAUUGAAUUUCCUUGAGGUGCGAUCUAUUAAUUAGUAUGACAGUGGGCAUCUAUGGAUAAUUCUGAGGGACAGAGCAAACAUUGGAGACAAAUAAUUAAUCAGUAAAUUUUUAUUAAAUUUGGACAAUUACUUCUGGACUGUCAAUGAUAGGCAAUUUAGUUUCAUGAUACCACAAAAUACAUUUAACUUUUUCCUUUCGUUGAGAUGUCAUUUUGUUAUUAACAAAUCCUUGCUUACAACCGUUACAGCAUGAUGAAAACAAAUUCUGAAAGGAUUCAGAUUUUAAAGGUUGCCCAAAAGGGUUCUUUUAAAGUUUAAUAUGGUUUAUCAAUAGACAUGUCUCGUCUAUUGAUACAGAUGGAACAGUGAAACAUUUUAUAGAAUACUAGAUAUUCAGGAUGGAACAUUAAUUCAGAUGGAACAGUGAAACAUUUUAUAGAAUACUAGAUAAAUAUAUAGAGAUUAACAUCACAACAAUAUAUAUAUCUUCUGUAUAUUUUAAAAGCAAAAAAAUGUAUAAUGUAAUUCUAUAAAAAUACUAAAUGUUUUAAGUUAUACUCUGAAUUAAAUGUAUUUAUGCAAUCAAAUUAAAAAGUAUAAAAAUAAUAAUCUUAAGAUCUGCACCUUUGGUUUUAAAUAGCUUAAUACCAUGAUCUGAAUCAGCAUAGAUAUUUCUUUCGAAUAAGAUCUGUUCUUUAAUACUUGUCCUAAAUAAAUAGCUAUGUCAGUUAAAUGUGGCCUGUUACCUAAAGUUAACUGUGCUUCAAAAUUGUUCUGUUGUGUUGCGACUUAUCCCACUCGUCUGACAGUAAAAAUAUCAGUGUUGGAGAAUUACAAAAAUACCAUUGAUGAAUCGAUAUAAUAAACCAAUAAAUUAAUGAUAUUACCCACUCUUAACAUUGUAUACAUUGACAGUGGAAGCUUUUGCAGAUGGAAUAUGUGCUUCCUCAGCAUCAAUGUAUUUGAGUGCAAAAUUUGUUUAUCGUUUUAGGACUAGGUUGUGCAGUUUAAUUUCCAAAUGCAAAUUGAGGUAAUUGUUGUUUGAAAUCUUAUGUGAUUGCUGGUUAAUUAGAAUAAUAAAUUAAGUGUAAUUCCUUUAAAGAAAUAAAGUGGAUUCAAGAGAAUGA